GCAGAGUUCAUAUUUUUGCAUUUGAAUCACUCUAUGACAUAAAAAGUGUAAGAGAGACCGUAAAACAGCGCCAUCUUGUGGACUUUUACUCUAUAGUUAAUAGAAAAGUGUUUAACAGCGUGCCAGGGUUAAAGCAAUGUUGUUCAUCCUCGGCGCCUCCGUUGGGUCACACACCUCUUUUACAUAGUUUUGUUUCGGUCCUGGAGGCUAUUUUUAGCAACUCGUUGGGAUGGAGGAAAACACCAAGCGACAUAUUUAGCCGUCUCAUUUUUUCCCGUUCCACGCAGGACGCUCAUGUGACUCGUCAGCGAGCCCCGGACCCUGGGGACAAACAAUUCUGUCUUCUCCGGGGUUUGGAUAUUUUGUCGGCCCAGAGGCUCAAAUAAGCCCAUGUGGAAUGCGCGCCUUGAUUAUUUUUGCAAAGGGGUCGCAGCGACUUGUUUGGAUCACAGGACCUUCUUUGUUCCCCAACACAAUUAAUCCAGUUGCUUUUGUGACUUUUAAGUGGGAUUCUUUGUGUAAUGAUUUUGUUGUUUUGCUGCGACGUGACAAAAUGGAUGCUUGGUGGCAUAUAUUAUUUAUCCUCUUCAUGUGUUAUAUCGUGAACUGCAUAUGAUAUAUGGCAGAUAUUUUGGGGAAGAUUGUCAAUUAAUUAACAUAUUAAUGAUCAAUAAAUUACUUUCAAAAUAAAUUGAGAUAUGUAACAUUGUUUUACUUGAUCAAAUUAUACAUUUGUGAAGUUCAGUGAGCCAUAUGUAAACCUUUUUUUGCGCUUUCAAGACGUGCUAAAAUUCCACUUAUUAAUCAUCGGGAUGACUGACUGACCACUUUUGAGGCAGAGGUGUGUGUGUGCGUGCGUGACUCAGUGUCGGAUAGGGCCUGCAGUCACAUGGCUACUUGUCAGCAGGCUCCAGGAGGAAACUUAAUCCCGCUGAGCGAGGCGGCCGCUAUCAGUGGGCGCACGUCGGUUCGAGUGGUUGGACGCUCGCUUCACAUCUAACUUUUUUUGUCUUCUCUCUCUCUCUUGUGUAUGUUUGCCGUUUUGCUGCACUCUGCCCAGAAGCGUCUCUCCCUCCACCUGCCUGCAGAGUUCACGGUUGCACUUCCUACCAUGUCUGCGGUGGCUUCUCUGCAGUAAACAAAGCAAGGUUAUGCUGCCCAAAAGUUGCCUGAGUCCCAGCGAAAAAGAGAAGGGCUAACCACGUCACAGCGUAACCCCAGCAGCUUUUCCCAAAGCGUGUCCGCCAAGCAGAGCCAUGAGCAACCACGCCGCUCCCAAAAAGAUCACGGAUAGCCCCGAGGCGUCGUCUUCACGCAGGCCACCGCAAGUGGACGACGACGACGACGGCGACCUGAACAAGGCGUUGGGGGUCCAGCGCUUCCAGCACAUCCUCAAGCCGUCCACUUCCGUGCCUGAUGAGCAGCACCACAACUAUCAUGAAGAGGACAUUGAAUACCACCGCCACUCCUCCCACCACAUCCACCGCCCUCUGUCCAAGUUGCCCCAGGACGGGCGCCGCAAGAAAAGCAACAAAAAGCGGCGCAAGGACAAGGACCACAAAAGCGGCCACGCCCCUGGCACCGGCCCCAUCGAUGAGGGCGAGGACGAGGACGAGGAGGAGGAGGAAGGGCAGGAGGCCGGCGCCGCCUCUUGUGAGCCAGUGGCCGUUGCGGAGUUCUUCUUGUCCGAUGACGAUCAAGUGGGUGUCCCCGCCCGGGACCUGGACGUGGUCCCGCACUCGGCCGCGGGAGCCGAUGCUGACGACGGCACGUCCACCGACAAACCCGGGUCGUCAGACGUCCCCGUUCCGCCGCACUCGGACCACCCGCCGCUGGCCCGCGUGUCCUCGACUGGCCGCAGCUACGACCUACAGGAUCGUAGGCGAACCGGCAACAUGACAGGCGCCGAGCAGGCCAAGUACCAGCGCAUCCCCACCGAUGAGAUUGAGGCCCAGACGCUCGUCUCCGCCGAUCUGGACGGCAUCAAGAGCCACCGUUUUGAAGAUGUCCCCGGCGUGCGCAGACACCUGGUUCGAAAGAGCACCAAAGGCCAGGUGGUGCACACGGGCAAGGACUACAAGGAGACCGCCUCUCGCACCCGCAAGCAGGACCGCACACCACACGAGGUGUUUGUAGAGCUGAACGAGCUGACCAUGGACAAGAACCAGGAAAUGCGGUGGAAGGAGACGGCCCGCUGGAUCAAGUUUGAGGAGGACGUGGAGGAGGAGACGGACCGCUGGGGCAAGCCGCACGUGGCCUCUUUGUCCUUUCGCAGUCUGCUGGAACUCCGCAAGACCAUCGCGCACGGUGCGGUCCUGCUGGACCUGGACCAGAAGACCCUGCCUGGCAUCGCCCACCAGGUGGUGGAGAAGAUGAUCAUUUCCGACCAGAUCAAAGCCGAGGACCGCGCCAACGUCCUGAGGGCCCUGCUGCUCAAGCACAGCCAUCCGAGUGACGACAAGGAGCACAGCAGCAGCCCCUUCCCCAGGAACAUUUCGGCCGGCAGCCUGGGCAGCCUCAUGACCCACCACCACGCCGCAAACCACGCCCACCCGCCCGAGCCCUCCGUCACCGACCCACUGAUGAGCAACACGCGCGCGGCGGGCGACUGCGACGUGCACAUUGAUGUGGAGAAGAACGACGUGCAGAGAGAGCCCAGCAUGGUUUCAGGCAUGCAUCGCUCCAAGUCCAAGCACGAACUCAAGCUCCUGGAGAAGAUUCCAGAAGACGCCGAGGCCACCGUUGUCCUUGUGGGCAGCGUGGACUUCCUGGAGCAGCCCACCAUGGCGUUCGUGCGGCUGCAGGAGGCCGUGGAGCUGGAGUCAGUGCUGGAGGUUCCCGUGCCCGUCCGCUUUCUGUUUGUCCUGCUGGGGCCCGCCACCACCAGCAUGGACUACCACCAGAUAGGACGCUCCAUCUCCACGCUCAUGUCCGACAAGCAAUUCCACGAGGUGGCCUACCUGGCGGAUGACCGGCAGGACCUCCUGAAUGCCAUCAACAGCUUCCUGGACUGCAGCAUCGUGCUGCCGCCGUCGGAGAUGGGCGGCGAGGAGCUGCUGCGCUCUGUUGCACGAUUCCAGCGGGAGAUGAUGCGCAAGCGGGAGGAGGGAAAGCUGCUGGCUGAUGAACCCAAGAGUCUGGAGGAAAAAGAAGCCCUCAUCACGCCUUUCAAGAAGUCCGACGACGACCCCUUGAAGCGCACUGGCCGGCCUUUCGGCGGCCUGAUACGAGACGUGAGGCGGCGCUACCCAAAAUACGCCAGCGACUUCAAGGACGCCCUCAACAGCCAGUGCAUGGCCGCCAUCAUCUUCAUCUACUUCGCCGCCCUCUCUCCGGCCAUCACCUUCGGAGGCCUGCUGAGCGAGAAGACGGAGGGUCUGAUCGGCGUGUCGGAGCUCAUCGUGGCCACUGCCGUGCAGGGCGUCGUCUUCUGCUUGCUUGGAGCACAGCCUCUGCUGGUUGUCGGCUUUUCUGGACCCCUUUUGGUCUUCGAAGAAGCGUUUUACUCCUUCUGCAAGUCCAGCAACAUGGAGUACCUGACGGGCCGUGUCUGGAUCGGCGUGUGGCUGGUAGUCAUCGCGCUCGUCACGGUGGCCUUCGAGGGCAGCUUCCUGGUGCGCUUCGUCUCGCGCUUCACCCAGGAGAUCUUCUCUUUCCUCAUUUCGCUCAUCUUCAUCUGCGAGACCUUCCUGAAGCUCGGCAGGAUUUUCACUCAGCACCCUCUGAGGCGCUGCCCCCUGGACCCACUCCUACCUUUGAAUGACACGGUGGGCCGGAACGCAUCUGUAGAAGACGCCACGGCGAUUCCGCUCAGCAUCUCCAACGUCACCGACGUUCCCGAGGUGACCAAGAUGGCCGCCGGCCCAACGAAUGAACCCAAUACAGCGCUGCUGUCGCUCGUUCUCAUGGCCGGAACGUUCUUCAUUGCCUUCUAUUUGCGCAAGUUCAAGAACAGUGCCUUCUUCCCCGGAAGGCUACGCAGGCUUAUCGGCGAUUUUGGGGUGCCCAUCGCCAUCCUCCUCAUGGUGCUCGUGGACAACAGUUUAGAAGACACGUACACGCAAAAACUGAAUGUUCCGAGCGGUUUCUCUGUGACCAAGCCCGACAAGCGCGGCUGGGUCAUCAGCCCGCUGGGUAGCGACGGCGAGUUCCCUAUCUGGAUGAUGUUCGCGUGCAGCCUGCCCGCUCUGCUCGUGUUCAUCCUCAUCUUCAUGGAGACUCAGAUCACCACGCUGAUAGUGAGCAAGAAGGAACGGAUGCUGGUGAAAGGCUCCGGCUUCCAUCUGGAUCUGCUCCUCAUCGUGACGUUGGGUGGCGCCUCUGCGCUGUUCGGUCUGCCAUGGAUGGCGGCCGCCACCGUGCGCUCGGUGACGCACGUCAACGCCCUCACCGUCAUGAGCAAGGCCGUGGCCCCGGGUGACAAGCCUCGCAUCAAGGAGGUCAAGGAGCAGCGCGUCACGGGGCUCCUGGUGUCCGUCAUGGUCGGCAUGUCCAUCGUGAUCGGGGACCUUCUGCGCAAGAUCCCCCUGGCUGUGCUCUUCGGGAUUUUCCUCUACAUGGGCGUGAUGUCGCUCAACGGCAUCCAGCUAAGCGAGCGUAUGAUGCUGCUGCUCAUGCCGCCAAAGUACCACCCCGACCACAGCUACGUCCGCAAGGUUCGAACCCUGCGCAUGCAUCUGUUCACCUGCAUCCAGAUGGUGUGCCUGGGUGUGCUGUGGGCCGUCAUGUCCACGCAGGCGUCGCUGGCCUUCCCCUUUGUGCUCAUCCUCACCGUGCCUGUCAAAAUGUUUCUGCUGCCGCGCAUCUUCACCUCCCGCGAGAUGCUCAGCCUGGACGCCGACGACGCCGAGCCCACGUUCGACGAGCGCGAGUGCCACGACGAGUACUCCGAGAUGCACAUGCCCGUGUGAACUGCUGCCUUCGCCCCAGACACUCGUAGCGCCACCCGCUGGGAGGCCACGCGCUGGGAGGUCAACCUUGGCGCGCCCGGCUUCGUCCUCACCUGCUGCCUGUGUGUCAUGUCAACAAGUAGUUUACUUUUUAUUUGAAAAUUAUUAUUAUUAGACUGUAUUUCAGGGGAUUCCAAAAUCAUGACAUAUUUACGCUGGAUGGACACGCAACGUGAUUUGUUUUAACCCUGAAAGGUUUGCUCUGAUUCACAUUGAAUAUGUGACGAACGCAGGGGGAAGUUUCCACUGUGUUUGCACACCGACUUACCCGCUGCCUUACUUACAAGUGCCUUAUAAGUAGGAACUACUUAAGUAUGUUCUUGGAGGACACCUGGAUGCCUCGCUUUUCACUUUACUCAAUGUUAGUAGCACUUUUUGUUUUUAAAACAAAGACAACAAAUCAAAGAACUGUAACGCAGUGUGAUUGUUUUUAAUCAUCAAAUCACCUAACAUUAUCAUUUGUCGUAGUCGGUGGCAACCUGGGAGUUAUUUGUUGCGCUUUUCCACGUUUUGCAAUGCUCUCAAAUGCAGCAAUUGAGGGUCACUUGACCUUUACCUGCGCUAAGUAGCAGUGACCAGAAAUUAUUUUCUGUCUGUAUUUUUUCCUAAAUGUACUAAAACUCAUUGCAUGUGACAUACACUGUACAUUUCACUUAGCGGUAAGGAACACUGAAUUACCACUAUAACGAAAAGCUAACAGGCUUAUCGUAGCGUAACUUGCUUGACAAGCUGACUACCGAGCUACAACUGACCAGAUGUAAGCUAUUGUUAUAUCAAAAGCGCGAGCUUGACAAGCGAACAAACGAGCUACUACUCUUAGACUAUCGUAGACCGGCAAGCUUGACUACUUGAACUCUAUUUAUUAUCGUAGAACCAGCUAGUUUGGGGAUCUAAUUUGCAAGGAAACAGACAAUCUGGCUAAGGAGUUGCCUCUUAAGUUGUCAGAUAACUAGUCAAACUAGAGAGCUGUCUGACUAACCUACUCCUCACUAGUUACCUCACCAAGUUAACUAGUCUAUGUUGGUGAUUGCUACUUUACUACUUGUAUGGUAGUUAGCUUGUCAGGGCACCAGAGGGAGACAAAAACAAACAUUUAAUUUUUUUUAAAUGCCGCUACAUCAUUUUUUUGUCCCUAAUCAAAUACUUUUACGUUCAAGCACAGAGUGGAAUUGUUGGGGAUAGUAAAAGUUGAAGAUACUAGCUGUCACAGUUUUUUACCCAGGAAUAUUUAGUAGUGCCAAACAGUCCAUCCAACAUAACUAACAUUCCACCCUUUCUCCGUAACAAUUGUAGACAAUUGAACCUGUUGAAGGCUCUUGGUUGCUGUUGUGUGACAUCACCCAAAAAGUGCCUGCAGGACCAUGAAGUGAUGAAUUAAAAGAGAUAAAUAUUUAGCUGUUGCAUUAUAAGCUUUACUGCUUGUUCUUAUUCGGGCUAAAUUCAAACACACACGUGUAGUUUUAAUGUUUGCUUGUGGUGCUUGUGAAUGGUGUGAGUGUAUUCUGUGUAUGUUUUUGAUGAUGAUAAUGAAACACAGAUGUCACUACUGAAGCUCUCUUGUACAUUUGACGCUUUACUAUUGAUAGCAAAUAAACGUUAUUUUCUAUUUAUUCCUCA